UGUCUCCUCACACACACGCAUCGCAGCUCAGAGUGACACACGCUCAGACGUGACGCCAGCUGAGUUAGCCAAGCACUCCUGAUGACAUGUAGUUAUAUAUGUGUUUAUCUCAAGUCCGGCAGAGCUGUGCAUCUUCUUUUCCAGGCAGCUCUUUUUUUUUAUACAUGCUAUUAUUUUAUUUAUUUUUUUAAAUACAUGAACAAACGAGCAGGCAGAGAAGGUGUUACACAUCUGGACCAUACCAACGCAGCCGGUCGUGGGACUCGGGCCACUACAGAUAUGAGGAUCGCUCAUACCUCUGCGCGUAAAUGAUGAAAACACUACGGGACUGCCAGGCUUGAUGCAAGGCUGAAAAAGGAAAAAAAGAUGAGGAUACCAUCACCAGACUCUGUGCGUGGAUAUAGGCAUGGGGACACUGGAGCGUGGUUUGCUUUCUUCAUGGCUUUGCAUAAAGCCAGAUGCCUCCCCUCCCUCUUGAUGAGCGCAUAGUGGUCAUUCAGCGCCCUAAAAACGUAGCCCUGUGCGAGGCUUCCCCACAAACCAUCCAACAGCACUCCUCUCAAAUAUCAGCCUCUGCCAAUGGACACCCUCCUCAAUUCCACCCUUCGCAGUCUCAUUUCUAUCCACCCUCCUGUAAAUCUCUGACUCUGGAAUGCAAGCGCAGAUCCUCUCGUGUGCAGAAAUUUAAGAGCGACCAGCCUGUCGUCCCAGCAGGUGUCAGCCACAUUCCUAGCCACUGCCACAGCAAUGGCACAGUAACUCUUGGCCCACGGCUGCCCUCCCACACACAUACUAUUGAUAUCCGGGUGACGGUGGACAAAGGAGGACGGGGAGGAGGAAUCAGCAACUCGUUAGGGCGCAGUGGAAGUGUAAAGGGUGGCAGAGGGAAAUGUGCCUCUUCACAGUUGGAUCAAGGACAGUGUGACAGAAGAAGUGGAACUGCAGUGAGGCCAAGUGGUGGCGAACACAAGUCACAGCGAAGUCGCCAUAUUCAGCUGUCAUCUUCCCCCAAAGGUGGCCUGCAAUUUGUCCCGGCACAGGCGCAGCAGCAUAAGUUCAGGAGUGAAAAGGAAAAUGCUAGUUUUCUUAACAGAGGCGAUCAGGCAUUUCCCUCUGUAGGUUGCAAUAAGAAUUCCAAACUGGGAACUGUCCAUCAAAACCAAAAUAGUCACAGUCUGCCCUACCACACAAACUCCGUCCCCGUGCCCCGUGCCUCCAUACUAAACUCCCACUAUCCGUCGUCCCCUCCCACCCAGCCCACCCAUGUCCCAGUUUCAUUUCAGCAACUCAGCCAGCCGCACCCGUCCCGCACCAGGCCUCUCCGCCCUCACAUUCUUGGUCUACCCCUCUCCCCCGGCUCCUCUCACGCUGGAGGGUUUCCCAGCCCUGACCAUACCUGCACCAUCGACUGCACCCACCCAUUCAGUUGCGGCUGCUGGAGGUUGGUAAAAUGCAGAGGGUGUAAGGGGCACCCUGCUAGCUGCCAAGGAGGUGGAGGAAGCUCUUCCACCUCGUUUUCCUGUGUUCAUAAUGUCGGAGCAGUGAAGAGAGGAGGCAAGGAAAUGGGCCUAAGAAAUCUGGGUGGGUGUCUCUCCACCGCCUCCACCUCCAACACCUCCUCUUCUAACAGCACUGUGUCUGACUGCCGAGCAACCUUGUUCAAACCGCUCAGCUGUGCCUCCUGCUCUAGCGAGGCCAGAAAUUUUGAGAGUCCUGCUAUCCUUCGUAAAAAAUUGGUGGGGGGAUGCCUGCCCUGUACCCCGCUGUCAUCCUCGGCCCCGCUCCGGGCGAUACAGAGCUGCGUCACAGGCUGCAACCCCAAAGCCUCUCAGACAGGCAGCUCCACCUGCAGUUACUGCAGCAGCGACCCCAUAGUGGUGACAUUUAACCCUCGCAGAGGCAAACCCCCCGGAAGAGGCAUCGGAGCGGCUCAUUCGAUGGGUAUGUUCCAAGCCGAUGAUGAUGACUACAGCGUGCGGACUAUCUGGCCUGAAGAACUGGCUAAGAAGAUGACCCAUUCGAAAGCCCAAAAGAAUCACUGUGCCGGGAUGGGAGUAGGAGUCGGGAAGACCUGUGCAACCCCGGCCCAAAAUGGCAGUAACGGAACAGGCCUUGCCCUCCUGGACUGUCAAAACCUCCAGGAAUAUGCCCAGUCUCAGCUAACAGACCGUGCCGGCCGGCGCCGGCUUCAGCAAGGGAAAAUGGCUGCCCUUGAUUUUAUGGGCCGCAGGUCAGGAUCUGGGUACGACGAUGGCCGGAGCUCGCUGAAGAGGCUCUUGAAUAAAGCCGAAGAUGUAGGAAUUGAGCAAGACGGAGAUGCAGCAUAUCCACGCUCCCCUUCUCCCAGCUCUGCCUCUCCACCGUCACCUGUGUCCUUUUCGCCCCCACCGUCCGCCCCUGGCACACUCAUCAAACCCAAACCUUGGCAGAGAGACAGGGAGGGAGGACAUUCCCUGCCGUCGGCUCAGUCCCUUCACCUGGCCCUCAACUCCCUUAACAGAGAGCAAGAUGAGGAGAACAGCAGAAUGCACCUUUCUCUGCCGCUCUCGUCUUCUUUGCCAGCCUUUCUGUCCGAUGAGACCGCGAUGACUCCCGAUGCGGAGAAUGCCGUGGUCAGUCCCAUCCUGCCCUUCCUGUUUCUGGGUAACGAGAGAGACGCCCAGGACCUGGACCUGCUGCUGCGCCUCAACAUCGGCUACGUGGUCAACGUGACCACACACCUGCCCCUCUACCACGUCAACUCUGGGCUGCGCUACAAAAGGCUGCCAGCAACUGACAACAGCAAGCAAAACCUUCGACAAUACUUUGAGGAGGUUUUUGAGUUCAUUGAGGAGGCAUAUCAAAGUGGACAGGGGGUGUUGGUACACUGCCAGGCAGGCGUGUCCCGUUCUGCAACCAUUGUCAUCGCGUACCUUAUGAAGCACACCCUCAUGACAAUGACGGAUGCCUACAAAUACGUGCGGAGUCGUCGUCCAGUGGUGUCCCCGAAUCUGAACUUCAUGGGCCAGCUUUUGGAGUUCGAGAGGGACCUCAACUCCGGGGUGACUCCUCGUAUCCUGAUGCCUAAACUGAGCGGCGUGGAGACGCAGGUGUGAGGAAGGUCAGGGGUCAGGAGCGUGGUGGGUUACUGCAAGUAAAGAAGAGAUUAUAGUGGCAUUCAGGAGCGACACAGAAAGAGUGCAGCACAUUGUAGAAGAGAGACAUGAUGAGAGCUAUUACAAUUGGAAAAUGGUGGCGCGUUUGGCAAUUAGUGCACUUCUAAUACUGUGAAAUAUGAGACAAAAGACUGGAUGCUUCAUUUGUUUAAGUUGUAACUCUUAGACAACAUGAUUAUCAUCCAGCGUACUGUUUAUAAGAUAAUGUGCCAAUAUUUUGUACAGACGUACAUCGCUCUCAGAUAUCGCAUUUCUGUUUUGAUGCCUCUUCCUUUUUGUUCCCAGUGUUUACAUUCACACAAAAAUACAAUGACUUUCUUGCCAUUAAUCAUUAAUGCAUGCAGAACGGGUACACAAACACUGAAAAGGUUUACUGGUCCUACUUCCUCUACAGCACCACUCUGUUUCCACCACAUGUAGCAACACACAGGUUAUUACAAUGCACUUUACUUCCCAUGCUUUUGUUUCUUAUCACUAACGGAACUGUCACAAGGUUGAGAAGAAUUUCUUUACAUAGAUCUCAGUCACUGUAUGUGGUUAAUAUUAUGUACAUGGGUUUUUCCUAUUUGUAAACUGUGCAAUGAAGUAACACGGACCGAGCAGGGACGUGAGUAGCAUUAACCUGGAAAACCUAUCACUAAAGGGACAAACACCUCAUGGAAAUGUGUAAGAAUGGAUUUAUUUCAGUGAAGCGGCCUGUAUAUUAGCAAAUAAAAAGUAUUGCAAGACUGAAAUAACGCUGUGCACUUACAUGGUUGGAGUGACAAUAUAACACAGUGUUAAUGUGUGUGAAUAAAAACCACACUUCAUUAUGCAGGUUAAUACACUGAAAUAAGCUCAUUAUAAACACAUUUACUGCAGAGCUGAAACCACAUCCCAACAGUGCUUUCAGAGAUUUUCUUUAUGCACAUUUAUGAUUUACAGUAUAUCUGGGUAGUGUGAGUUAUUGUCCUGCUGUAAUGAUGUGCUUUAAAACGACAGACCUUCUUCAACUGUGCACUAUUUAUUUUGUGGUGAAUUCCUAAGAGAAAUGCAUUAUUAGAAUUUGUUCUUUGGCAUGAAACAGAUAUUUCUCUAAAUAUAAUAAGCACAUGGCAGUGACAUUUAUUGGAGACAACGCAGUAAAAGUAAAGAGGCAACAUUUACCUGUCUGGUUGGGAACAUAGAGCCAAAAGUGUUAUGGUGAAAAAACUGUUUGAAACUAUUUUGUAACCCUUGAUUUUUGGUUUUUGAUUUAACAUCCUGCGGCAGUUCCAUUUCCCACAGUACCAGAAAGGACCUGACAACCAAGAACAAAAAUGAAAUGUAUAGUUUCGCAGCAUACACUAUCUUACCUUAAGUCAUGAACACUCUUAAAGCCAAAUCUACUUUAUAUUUAGUUAUCCUAAUAUGUUCAUGAAGGAGUAAAAACAACAUCACUGUUUUUAGAGAUGAUGAUGUCUGGUAGCUGAUUGGUUGAUGUAUGAUGCUCCCUAACUGUUCCUUUACCUUGUUGUCUUUCCUGAACUUUACUGUGUCCCUCGUGACUAUGCGUGACUUGUUUUAUGAAGGCUUUGGUUUGAUUAGAGAAGGAUGAUUCACUGUGAACUCUUCCACUGUAUUCUUAAGGUCGAGGCCCGAGUCCUAUUCAAUACACAUUCAAUUACCGUUAUAGGUACCGUACAGACAAUGCACAGUAAGUCUGGUUUAAGGUUAAAACAAAACAUCACUAAACAUGGGAAAAUACAUAAAAAACGGUAGAAACAUAAAACAGUUACAAAUUAUGGCUCAUGCAUCAAUUAACAUGUGCAAAGUCAGUGCAGAGCGAGACUUAAAUGUGGGGCAGUAAAAGGCGUGAAACAAAGUGACACAAACUGCAGAAUCCAGCUUUCCGAAGCAUCGUAGCUUCAUGUUGAAACUGCAUAUUAUAUCAGUUAAUAUUACUGUAUGGGAAGAAUCAGUGAUUGGUGGAGAAGGGAUGUUUUCUAAACUGGUAGGUAAGGAUGAGAAUUAUUUUGCACAUUUUCUAAACUGAUGCCAUACAUAUUUUUGAUAACAUGCUGUUAUUAUAUACAAUAAUUUGUGACGUAAGAAUUUGCAAAAUAAAUUUUAAUUUCAAUUGUUAAACAGUGCAAAUUAUGACACUGCUUGUAAAGAAAGAUUCAAGUUUAGGAAGAGAGGACUUUUGCUCCUAUUAUUAUUAAUUUUUUUUAUGAGACAGAGGACAGGGACACCCAGGCACUCUGAUAGUCCAGAGACAUGCACACAUACCGUAUACUACUGAUUCAAGCUCACUUGAAGAGUGGGAAGGUACAGUUUCUGUAUCCAUAAAAACCCAAACAAAUCAAAAUCCCAUUAAAUUUAACUGCAUAUAAACUUUUACAACUGAGAUCAACUUUGUCAGUAUUUGUGUUUAUUCUUGUAAUAUUGCAUCUAAAUUCCAGUGCUCCCUUUUCCAGCUUUUAACAAAACGCCCUCCUCCAUGUUUUUAAGACCAAAAUGCCUUCAGUUUAGCCUUUAGUGUAAUCUGGUCCUCCCGUGUUGUCAUUAUAAAUAUGACUUUGUAAAAUGAUCCUGAAUUUUGCUUGUUGGAUUUAUUUUCUGUCUAAAAGACAUUGAUAUAGGCUUUAUAUUUUUCUACAGACAAACGUCUUCAUCAUGUAAUGUAUACACAUUUACUGUAACUGUGUACUUACAGUUUUUUUUGUUCAUGAAUCUUUGUUUUGUAAAAUAGGCUGCUCGGACAGAACGCCAGCUUCCAACUCUGCAGUGACAAUAAGGAUCUUGAGCCGUGCUUUGCGUUGCAGUAUUGCAGUAUUACAGUUUCACUGUUAUCAGACCUCAGUGAACGCAGGUCAACAUACCGCAUUCCUGUUUUUACCUUUUGCCUUCAUUUCAGCUGGAGAGAUUCACACCAAACAUGCUGUCGCUCCUCCAGUCUCUCCAGCUCAGCUCCCAGUAGGUGUGUCAUAUUAUUAACAUUUGAAGAGGGCCUGUUGCUAUUGCUCCUUGAUUUUUAUACAGACUUUAUAUGCAAAAUGGCUGUCGAAGCAAUUUCUUUCGUUCCAGGUUGUAUGGACUAUGAGUCAGUACUGACCUCAGACCUUUGUACUGGAGAGAUACAUGGAAAGAAAAUGAACAUUUUCUCUUUAAUUCAUAUAAACUGAAGGGCCAGUGUCUCUGUGAGUGUCAGUGUGUGUAAAAAAAAAAUAAAAAAGAAAUCUUCCAUUUGUGUUUAGCACUUGAAAAGAGGAAAGUUGUUACAGUAUGUAUGAUAAGGUUUUGAGAACAUUGUAUAUCCAUGCAUUGCUUAUUUGUAGGGACUUAAUUAUUCCUGUUUGUACUAUAUUGGUCUUUUUUGUUGUUUUUUAAAAGGUGUUAUUUCCUGUACCAAAUAUUGAAUUGAAGGAUAAUGACUCAUGGGACUGAUGAUGAUUAUAAAAUGAUUCAAGAAAAAAGCAGAUCACCUCCUUCCUUCCUAACGGGGGUAAGAACUCUUCAGGUAUGACUAGCAGAGUAAUGCUGUGCUAUUUCACCCCAGCGCCCCCUCCUCCUCCAGAGACCCAACAACUCAUGUUAUCUAACCUGUGAUGCUCCUUUUUUUCAUAAGCAAAUGUAAUAUUUUCAUAUUGUAGUAACUGGUCCUUGUAUCAAGACAUUGUUUUUACCUUCAUGUACUGACUAUACUCUUCAUGAUUCUUUCAGGUGCACUGUGACUAAUACAAUGCUGCUAUAUCACAAAGACUUUUAUUUUGUACGUCACAUUUAGCUGACGAAAAGUGGUGAAAAUCGCUAAAGGUGACCAUUACAGAGUGGACUUGAAUAUGGAGGCCCUGCUUACAUUGUUCCAAUUUAAUCCAGGCUUUAUUCUUGAGCUGCCUUGGGGCAGUGUGUUCAUCUCAGAGUGACUGUGUGCACAACAGAAGGAUCUGUAGCCUUUUCCUGUUGGUCUUCCUUAACACGCAUGAUAAAAAGGAUAGAGAAAGUUCAAAUGUAGCAGUAAAGCCUUUUUACGAGCUCAACUCAUCGCUCACUGUGGUCAAUAAAACUGUGAUGUUGCUAUUU